CGCCGUUUCUGAAAUCGCGAAAAUGGCGCCAGGUCCCGCACAAGAGGAUGAGCCGAUUGUUGAAGAUUCCCUGGCCAGGGGCAGAUCUCGCCGAACUAAGCAAGACAAAACCGGGAGGUUUGCAGCUUUGGAAAAGUUGAAGAAGGCCAAAGAGAGCGGGGAGAAACACAAAUAUGAGUUCACCGAAGAAGCAGCUGUCUAUGAGGAAGUUGAUGAAACAGAAUAUUCCAAAAUUGUAAGAGAGAGGCAGGAAGAUGACUGGAUUGUGGAUGAUGAUGGCAGUGGGUAUGUGGAAGAUGGCAGAGAGAUAUUUGAUGAUGAACUGGAUGAGGACAAUGCAUACACCAGUAAAGCUAAAAAGACAGUGGAACAGUCCAGGAAGAGUAAGAACCCCAACAUCAUGAAGCCAGGGAGCAAACCCAAGGCUACAAUAAAAUCCAUGUUCCAGGCACACACUGGCUUGAAGAAGAAACCUGCGAAGGAGGUGAGUCUAGAUAAUGAUGAUAUUCUGGGAGAUAUCAUGAAUGAAUUGAACCAGAACUCCUCUGCUCCAGCCUUCAAGCCACCUCCAGCUAAGAUGGUCAAGAAACAAAAUGGACCUGCCAAAUCACCAUACAAUCCUUUUAAUACUAAAGUCAAGUCCCGCGUGAGCCCAGCUCAGCCUGCCAAGCCCUACCCCAGCCCACUGGCCUCUCAGAGGUCAGCUCCAAGGCCGGUGGUCAAGAAAAUAAAACAGGAGAUUAAGCAGGAAGUGGAGGAGAGCCCUGAAAUUGAGGAAUAUGAUAGUUGUCCUAUGGAUUAUAGAGACGAUGAUGAUGAUGGUCAAGAAAAUAUUAAAGUUAAAGUUGAACCAAAAGAAAAUGGCCAUCAUGAGUCGGAGAUGGAGGUGGGGGACAUCGACUUCGAUGACAACUUUGGCGAGACUGAGGAACAGAAACCCAAAGUGAAGCAGGAGGUUGAGGACUCCAAACCAGUGAUAUCUGCAGAGUUCUUAGCUUCUAGCUGGGAUACGAUGCAAGAUGGGGCAGACGGAGGAACCGCCAUGACAGAUGUUACAGUAGACUCGUCAAGCCUGCCCCUGAUAACCAAUGAAAAUGGAGACCAGGUGCUGCGCAUGUACUGGUUGGAUGCGUAUGAGGAAAGGAGUAAAUCAGGGACAAUCUACCUGUUUGGUAAAGUUUGGAUUGAGUCAGCUAAGACCCACGUCAGCUGCUGUGUGUGUGUCUCCAAUAUUGAAGAGUGAAUUUGAAAACCGGCCAUGACACAGGAGAGGAAGUGACAUUUGUUGAUGUUUACAAUGAGAUCACCAAGGAGCUAAAGGACAAGAGGAAUAUCACCAUGUUCAAAUCCAGGAAAGUGACAAAGGAAUACUGCUUUGAGGUGGCAGACAUUCCAGUGGAGUCCGAAUACAUGGAAGUCAGAUAUAAUGGUGCCAAGUUUCCAACCAGAAUACCCCAGGAGCUGAAAGGAGAAACCUUCAGCCAUGUUUUUGGCACAAAUACCUCCUUUCUUGAGCUCUUGUUGCUGGAGAGAAAGUUAAAAGGCCCAUCUUGGAUUGACAUCAAGGCACCUCAGAUCAUAAAAGCUCCUAUGAGUUGGUGUAAGGUGGAGGCAGAGGCCGUUUCUCCAGAUAACAUUACUGUGGUGAAAGAUGCCUCUCCACCGCCACCACUGGUUUCCAUGACGAUAACCAUGAGAACCCUUCCAAAUCCCAAGACGCACCAGAAUGAGGUGAUAGCUGUGGCUUGUCUUGUCAACCAGCAGUUCCAGAUGGACAAACCAGCGCCCAAGACGCCAUUUAAUUCUCAUUUCUGUGCUAUAACAAAGCCCAGUGACAACAUAUUUCCAUAUGAUUUCAAGGACUGGGUCCAGAGAGAGAGUAAGAACACCAAAGUGGACAUACAGCCCACUGAGAGAGCGCUGUUGGCGUUCCUGUUGGCCAGAUUACACAAGAUAGACCCUGAUCUGAUUGUGGGCCACGAUAUAUAUGGUUUUGACAUUGAUGUCCUGCUCCACAGACUUCAGAGUAACAAGAUACCUCACUGGUCCAAGAUGGGACGACUAAAGAGACAAAUGAUGCCAAAAUUAUCAGGUGGCCCGGGCCGGGGGUUUUCAUUGGCCAGUCAGUCUGCCAUGUGCGGGAGAAUAGUUUGUGACGUCAAAGUCUCCGCCAAGGAGCUGAUUCGCUCUCGUGCCUAUGACCUCACUGAGUUGUCCAAUCAGGUGCUGAAAGAAAGGCGCCAGGAAAUUGACUUGGAUGACAUGAGGGAUAUGUACAGUUCUUCCAAGCACUUAAUGGAGCUGGUGAAGUUGACAUUGAUUGACGCAACAUUCGUGUUAAGGAUAAUGUAUGAACUAAAUGUCUUACCACUAGCUCUCCAGAUAACUAACAUUUGUGGUAAUGUGAUGUCAAGGACACUUAUGGGGGGUCGAGCCGAACGUAACGAACACCUUCUGCUGCAUGCCUUCACUGAGAAAAACUACAUCGCUCCAGAUAAACAGUAUGGAAAGAAACAUGUGGCAAACGAGGAAAACGCUGAUGAUGAUGAUGACCACAACCAAUCCAAAUCCAGCAAGAAAACACAGGGUCGCAGAAAACCUGCAUAUGCCGGCGGAUUGGUCCUUGAGCCAAAGAAGGGGUUUUAUGACAAAUACAUUUUGCUGCUGGAUUUCAACAGUUUGUACCCCUCCAUUAUUCAGGAAUACAAUAUUUGUUUUACCACCAUUGCUAGAACACCAGACAAGUCCAAGCAGGAGGGAGAGGAAGAAGAGGACUGGCAUUUAGAACUACCUGACCCGGACUUGGAACCUGGCAUUUUGCCAACGGAAAUCAGGAAACUUGUAGAAAGUCGUAAACAAGUGAAGCAAAUGAUGAAGGCCCCCAAUCUUUCUCCAGAUGCUUAUAUGCAGUAUGACAUAAGACAGAAAGCCUUGAAGUUGACAGCCAACAGUAUGUACGGUUGCCUUGGUUUCUCUCACUCUCGGUUCUACGCAAAGCCUCUGGCAGCCCUGGUCACUGGGAAGGGAAGAGAGAUUCUAAUGAAGACCAAAGAUCUUGUAGAAAGUAUGAACUUGGAGGUUAUCUACGGGGACACGGACUCCAUCAUGAUCCACACUAAUUCCACAGAAAUGGAAGAGGUCUUUAAGUUGGGAAAUAAGGUGAAGAGUGAAGUCAAUAAACUCUACAGACUCUUAGAAAUAGACAUCGAUGGCGUCUUCAAAUCCAUGCUGUUGCUGAAGAAGAAGAAAUACGCCGCACUGACUGUCACUAAGGUCGGGGACAAGUACGUGACGAGUCAAGAGCUCAAGGGACUGGAUAUCGUCCGCAGGGAUUGGUGCGAGCUGGCUAAGUCUGCUGGGAAUUUUGUGGUAAGUCAGAUCUUGUCCGGCGAACAGAGAGAGACCAUAGUGGAGAAUAUCCACUCCAAGCUGAUAGAGGUGGGGGAGGAUGUGGCUCAGGGGAAAAUACCUGCAGAAAUGUUCUAUAUUACUAAGCAACUGACAAAGAACCCCACAGACUACCCCGACAAGAAAAGCCUACCUCACGUCCAGGUCGCCCUGCGUCUGAACAGUAAGGGAGGACGUCAGCUGAAAGGAGGUGACACUGUGUAUUACGUUAUAUGUGAGGAUGGGUCCAGUCUGCCAGCCAGCCAGAGAGCUUAUCAUCCCGAUGAGUUGGCCAAAUCAGAUACUCUGAAGAUAGACAACAAAUAUUACCUGAGCAGUCAGGUGCAUCCAGUGGUAUCCAGAUUGUGCGACCCUAUAGAGGGCACUGACGCAGCUCACAUUGCGGAGUGUCUUGGUCUGGACCCCACUGGUUACAAACAUGCAAUAAGUCGUAACGAAGACCGCGACGACGAAGCCAUGUUGUCUGUUGCCUUGUCUGAGGCAGAAAAGUACAAGGAUUGCGACCCGUUAAAAGUCAGCUGUCCUGCUUGUGAAAGAGAAAUCAUCUUUGAUAAUGUGUUCACAGUUUUGGAGCCAAUGUUUGAGUGUUCCCUGUCAAAGUGUCCUAACCCCCAGUGUACCAACAACCCAUCCUGCUUCGUGCCACUGAUCCAGAAUAAACUGACGCUGGCCAUCAGGGGCCACCUUCAAAAAUACUACCAGGGCUGGAUGAAAUGUGAGGACUCUGCGUGUAGUGCGAGGACUCGGCGGCUCCCUCUGGUUUUCCAAAGGGGGCACCCCGUGUGCCAGGCCUGCCAUCGCGGCACCCUGCAUCCCGAGCAACUGACGAAGAACCCCACAGACUACCCCGACAAGAAAAGCCUACCUCACGUCCAGGUCGCCCUGCGUCUGAACAGUAAGGGAGGACGUCAGCUGAAGGGAGGUGACACUGUGUAUUAUGUUAUAUGUGAGGAUGGGUCAAGUCUGCCAGCCAGCCAGAGAGCUUAUCAUCCUGAUGAGUUGGCCAAAUCAGAUACUCUAAAGAUAGACAACAAAUAUUACCUGAGCAGUCAGGUGCAUCCAGUGGUAUCCAGAUUGUGCGACCCUAUAGAGGGCACUGAUGCAGCUCACAUUGCGGAGUGUCUUGGUCUGGACCCCACUGGUUACAAACAUGCAAUAAGUCGUAACGAAGACCGCGACGACGAAGCCAUGUUGUCUGUUGCCUUGUCUGAGGCAGAAAAGUACAAGGAUUGCGACCCGUUAAAAGUCAGCUGUCCUGCUUGCGAAAGAGAAAUCAUCUUUGAUAAUGUGUUCACAGUUUUGGAGCCAAUGUUUGAGUGUUCCCUAUCAAAGUGUCCUAACCCCCAGUGUACCAACAACCCAUCCUGCUUCGUGCCACUGAUCCAGAAUAAACUGACGCUGGCCAUCAGGGGCCACCUUCAAAAAUACUACCAGGGCUGGAUGAAAUGUGAGGACUCUGCGUGUAGUGCGAGGACUCGGCGGCUCCCUCUGGUUUUCCAAAGGGGGCACCCCAUGUGCCAGGCCUGUCAUCGCGGCACCCUGCAUCCCGAGUAUACUGAGUCGGCUCUGUAUCACCAGCUGUGUUACUACCGUUUCAUGUUUGAUCUUCCAAAGGCAAUCCAAAAUGUAUCAAAAAAGCACCAAGAUCUGGCCAAAAGAUACACCAACCCUUAUGAGGAUUCCUACCUCACUUUGAAGACAUUCGUAGACAAGAAACUUCGUGUAAGUGCUUACUCCCAGGUCAGUCUUGCAACCCUAUUUGAUGGGCUGGGAUUGCUCAGUUUGAAAUAAGGUCAAUCUACCACUGGACUUGGAUUGGCCAGAAAUAAUUAGGUCAUUUUGCCUGAAGUUGUUGCUGGACUUUGAUUGGUCAGUUUGAAAUAAGGUCAAUCUUGCACCGGACUUUGAUUGGUCUAUUUGAAAUGAUGCCAUUCUUAUAAAAAUCCUCAUUGGUUCAGUGUUGGUCAGCUGGUGUGAGUCUGGCCAAUUUCAGGGCACUUCUUUAUGGAAUCACCACGGUCUGUUUAAUAAGUUGUGAACAUACCCCCUUGUUGAACAUUGAAGCACAUUAUCAUCGUUUUCUCUUUUCUCAUCUUUUUAAUGAUAAAAAACUUCACCCUGUUAAACCAUGAUGCAGAUUAAAUGUAAUUGAUAUUUUAUGAUCAUUUAAUUGUUGUAGAUAAGAGAUCUGUUGCGUACUAUUAAGUGUCUUAAGCCAUGUUUGCAUGUUUGUGUCACUUUAUGUCCAAUAUUACACAUGUAUUAUUAUCCUUUUGUCCUGAUUAACAUAGUUUUACAUAAGAUUUAGCAUGUAAUUGGAGUGACAGAUGUACUUAAUAAAUAGCAAGAUUUAUGAUUAAUUAAGUGCAAAAUUUCCAUAAUAACAUGAAUUAAAAAGCACUCAGUUAAAUGGCAUGUAUUAUUAUGUGUAAUUAUAUUUUUUCCUGAAAAAUUAUUUUUACGUUAAAUAGGACUUGGGUUAUGUACCAGAUGUUUGAAAUUGUUUGCAAAAAUUUAAAAGGAUAAAAGUUGAAAGAACGUGAUAAAUUUUGAUUUGACAUGAAAUGACAUGUAUAAUAUUUACUUUGAAUUUUCUAAAAAAAAAAGUAACAUGUUGCCUAUACGUUUUUAUGAUACAGAUGGUGUAUAAAGAUGCUAUUAUUUAUGACAAGCGAAGAAAUGGGUAACCCUUCGCAUGAGAAAA